UAUAUCUAGCGCGGAAUCAAACCACGGCUAAGAAAAAGCCUACUCCACAAACAUCUCAGCUUAAAUACACUUAUAUAAACGUUCUCCUCAUUCCAUCCCCUCAGUUAAAUGUGCGAUAGUCUAGCCUCAUCACUCUUCAUAAACAAAAUGCGGGAGACAUUCAUUCCAAUUAUGUUAUUGUUUGCUGUCGCCCUCUCUGCGAGAGGCUCGGAUUUGGGUAAAGAUGGAUUCAAUUAUUAUAAAGAUUAUUUGCGAGCGAGGUCCGAUGACAUUUAUGUAGAUGCACCAUACGAAGAUCGUGUGCUGUAUUUCUUUCGUACCCCAUUGCAACAGCUGUACCCAGACAUGCCUACAAUACAAGAAUAUAAAAAGAGAACGGCAAACAUAUUCAAAAACCAUAUGCUCAACAGAGAGCCUGGAGGUGUACCAAAUAAACGUACGUCCAAGACUGGUCUUUCACUUCUUAUGCAGAGCAAGCAGGAUUCACAUCCUACCGGUGGGGAUGAACAUUACUGCCUCUACGGUUAAUUAAGAAUAAACAGGAUAAAGGUGAAUAGUUAAAUAAUUAUGAAUGUAUUAUGAAUACGGUAUGUAAACGGUUUUUAAUUAUUUUUUCAGAAUUUAGAAUGCUUAGCAUAAAAGAAUGAUCUUACUUAAAUUUCUCUUUAACAAAUAAUUUACGUAGCCAUACAGAGAUGUCUGUUAGUAAGUGGAUUGGUAGAAAAUAGUCAAACCUAAUUAAUUUCUUCUUGGAUGAAUUAUUAUUAAAAAUAUACAUUGUAUACCUCGACUUAUUCUAUUUUGGUGUCCUGUUACUUUAAAUUUUUAUAUUAUUUCAUUUUACAACUGUACAAUGACGUCGAUACGAAAGAAUAAACCAGAUACGU